AGGAAGAGUUGUGACUAAAACACAGCUGUACUCCGUGGCUAGCAGAUAAGCUAACAGGCUAACCGCAGUGGUAGGUGAAAAUAUCAGGAUCCGCUGGUCAAACGAAGCACCUCGUCGGACACUUUCAGAAACUGAAUUGACAAUGGGUAAAGGUGGAGGCACUUUUGAGAGGCUUCUAGAUAAAGCAACCAGUCAGCUGCUUCUGGAGACUGACUGGGAGUCUAUUCUUCAGAUCUGUGACCUCAUUCGGCAAGGAGACACACAAGCUAAAUAUGCUAUUGCUGCCAUUAAGAAGAAACUGAAUGACAAAAAUCCCCAUGUGGCGCUCUAUGCACUUGAGGUUCUGGAGUCUGUGGUGAAGAACUGCGGACAGACGAUCCACGAUGAGGUCGCGAGUAAACAAACCAUGGAAGAACUGAAGGAUCUAUUUAAGAAACAGACAGAACCAAAUGUCAGAAAUAAGAUUCUUUACCUGAUCCAAGCCUGGGCUCACGCUUUCCGAAACGAACCCAAAUACAAGGUGGUUCAAGACACCUAUCAGAUCUUAAAAGUGGAAGGUCAUGUAUUUCCUGAGUUUAAGGAGAGUGAUGCCAUGUUUGCAGCUGAGAGAGCCCCUGACUGGGUUGACGCUGAGGAGUGUCACAGGUGCAGAGUUCAGUUUGGAGUAAUGACCAGAAAGCAUCAUUGUCGAGCCUGUGGGCAAAUUUUCUGUGGGAAGUGCUCGUCUAAGUACUCCACCAUUCCAAAGUUUGGCAUCGAGAAGGAAGUGCGCGUGUGUGAGCCCUGCUUUGAGCAGCUAAACAACCACCCCUCCCUCUCUCCUCCACUUAGGAAAGCCGAAGGUAAAGCCCCCUCCUCGUCCUCCUCCAGCUCGACUGACCUGCCCCCCGAGUAUCUGACCAGCCCACUGUCCCAACAGUCUCAGAUGCCUCCGAAGAGGGAUGAAACAGCUCUGCAGGAGGAGGAGGAGCUGCAGCUGGCCAUUGCUCUUUCCCAAAGCGAGGCAGAAGAGAAGGAGAGGAUGAGACACAAGAACUCGUACUCGAUGUAUCCCAAAGCUGAUCCUACCCCAGUGACCUCCUCAGCACCUCCAGUCAGCACCCUUUACACUUCUCCGGUGAACUCCUCUGCUCCAUCUGCCGAAGAAGUAGACCCUGAGUUGGCGCGCUACCUGAAUAGAACGUACUGGGAAAAGAAGCAGGAAGACGCUCGGAAGAGUCCCACCCCCUCAGCUCCUGCUCCCGUGUCGCUGGCUGAGCCCCUUCCACCAAUCAGCCAGCCUGUCGAAAGUCACGUCCCCGUCCAGCCCGUCAGCAUAGUCGAGCAACCAUACCAGAACGGCGAGUCCGAGGAAAACCACGAGCAGUUUCUCAAGGCUCUGCAGAACGCCGUCACUACGUUCCUCAACCGCAUGAAGAGCAACCACAUGCGUGGCCGCAGCAUUACCAACGACAGCGCCGUGCUGUCCCUCUUCCAGUCCAUCAACAACAUGCAUCCUCAGCUGCUGGACAUCCUGAACCAGCUGGACGAAAAGCGAUUGUACUACGAGGGGCUGCAGGACAAGUUGGCGCAAGUGCGCGACGCCCGCGCUGCCCUCAACGCGCUCCGUGACGAACACAGGGAGAAGCUCCGCAGAGCUGCAGAGGAGGCAGAGAGGCAAAGGCAGAUCCAGCUGGCACAGAAGUUGGAGAUCAUGAGGCAGAAAAAGCAGGAGUACCUGGAGAUGCAGAGGCAGCUGGCCAUUCAGCGCCUCCAGGAGCAGGAGAAGGAGAGGCAGAUGCGCUUGGAGCAGCAGAAACACACGAUCCAGAUGAGAGCCCAGAUGCCUGCUUUCUCUCUGCCCUACGCCCAGAUGCAGUCUUUGCCUCCUAAUGUCGUUGGAGGGGUGGUAUACCAGCCUGGUGGUCCACCCAGCUACCCUGGCACCUUCAGCCCCGCUGGUUCUGUGGAGGGCUCGCCUAUGCACAACAUGUACAUGAAUCAGCCAGGGCAGGCUGCACCGGGACAGUACCAGGCCAUGCCCCCUGCUCCCACAGAUCCCAACAUGGUAAAUGCAUACAUGUACCAGCCUGCAGGCACCAACGGACAGCCUCCUCCAGGCCAGGCCCCGCCCACAACCAGCCCACCCUAUUCCAACUAUCAGCCCACGCCCACACAGGCCUACCAGAAUGUGGCCUCCCAAGCCCAAAGCAUCCCCCCCAUGUCGCAGGCGGCUCCCACCAACGGGAUGGCCUACAUGAGUUACCAACCGUACAACAUGCAGAACAUGAUCUCAGCGUUGCCAGGGCAGGAUCCCAACAUGGCCCCACAGCAGCCCUACAUGCCGGGACAGCAGCCCAUGUACCAGCAGGUUGCUCCCCCUGGUGGCCCGCCGCAGCAGCAACAGCAGCCCCAGGCACAACAGCAGGUGCCUCAAGCGGUUCCCGGCAGUGCAGAGGCACAGCUCAUCUCCUUCGACUGAAAGCUCCCACACUGCAGAGUUUCACACACUACACCUUCUCUCUUCCUUUAACACCCCUUUCCUGGACUCAGAGGUUUCCCUUUGGAAAUAUAAACUAAAUUCCCACCUUCCA